AGCUCGCUCACGUGACCGUCACAGCUCCCAGUUCUGUUUCUUGUCCACAGCCGGGUCGGGGCCCUUGUAGGGCUGCUUCUGCGAGGAGCAGAGCAGCACGCUGCAGGGAGUGGAGAGAUUAAUCAGUGACCGAGAAGCUGUCUUGCGGGGAGCGGUGAACUGUUUGAUCAGACAGAUCUUUGUAGGACUCAGCCCCAGCAGUUUCUCCUGCUCCCUGCCUGCUGCCCAUCCACCUGCUCCUGCCAUGGGGAGCCUCGGGGCCUUCCUCUUCCUGCUGGGGGCCCUGGAGGCUGUUGCUGAGAUCUGUGUCACACCACGGAUGGACAGUCAGCUGGUGGUGAAGCUUGGCCAGUCCCUCUUGCCCCGGAUGGACCAACUCUCCCGGGAGAACCUGAACCCCAGCAUCUAUGUGGGCCUGCGCCUCUCCAGCCUGCAGGCUGGGACCAAGGAAGACCUUUACCUGCACAGCCUGAAGCUCGAUUAUCAGCGGUGCCUCCUCGGGCCUGCCACCAGUGAUGACGCCGGUGACUGCCAGACCAAGCCUUCCAUGGGCCAGCUGGCCCUCUACAUGCUUGCUCUCAGGGCCAACUGCGAGUUCAUCGGGGGCCACAAGGGGGACAGGCUGGUGUCACAGCUCAAGUGGUUCUUGGAGGAAGAGAAGAGAGCCAUUGGGCACAAUCACAAAGGCCACCCCCAUACCAGCUACUACCAGUAUGGCCUGAGCAUCCUGGCCCUGUGCGUCCACCAGAAGCUGGUUCACGACAGUGUGGUGGGCAAGCUCCUGUACGCUGUGGAACACGACCACCAGGACCAUCUCUCUGUGGACAUGGUGGCCAUGGCGGGCUUGGCCUUUACCUGUCUGGAGCGCUCCUACUUCAACUCUGAUCUGAGACAGCGGAUCACCACGGCUCUUGGGACAGUGCGAGAGAAGAUCCUGAGGGCCCAGACCCCUGAGGGCUACUUCGGGAAUGUCUACAGCACCCCACUGGCACUGCAGUUGCUAACGUCCUCCCCCAUGUCUGGGCUGGGGCUGGGCGCCGCGUGCCUUAAGGCGGGGACAGCUCUGCUGGCCAUCGUGCAGGAUGGAGCCUUCCAGAAUGCUCUCACGAUUUCCCAGCUGUUGCCUGUCUUGAACCACAAGACCUACGUGGAUCUCAUCUUCCCAGACUGCCAGGCACCAAGGGCCCUGUUGGUACGAGCUCCUGAGGACCUCUCAUCGAGCCACACCCCAGAGGUCAUCAGCGUCACGCUGAAGGUCCCCAGCAUCCUGCCGCCGUACACACGGGCAGUCUCGGUUUCGGCGGGGUCCUCCUUGGAAGACGUGCUGAAGAAGGCUCAGGAGCUAGGAGGAUUCACAUAUGGAACCCAGGCUUCCUUGUCGGGUCCCUUCCUGACCUCUGUGAUGGGGAAAUUGACGGGAGACCGAGAGUUCUGGCAGCUCCUCCAAGCCCCUGACACCCCUCUUCUGCAAGGUAUUGCUGACUACAGACCACAGGAUGGAGAAACCAUUGAGCUGAGACUGGUUAGCUGGUAGCCCUGGGUCUCUCACCCCGCGGCCUUGCACACUCCCUGGGCCUCUGUCCUCUUCGCUGACAUCCUGGUACCCGCGCUUGCCUGACCCUGAAGCCACCUCCUGUGUAUUUGGAGCACCGCCCCCUGGAUCAUCUCACCCAGCACCUCUGCGAGGAUCUGAGCCACGUCCUGCACCGGAGCAGGGAGCCCAGCACCUCCUCUGGGAAGCCACAGGCCUCAGGAAGU